AUGGCUACAGGGAACCUGAGCCUUUUACUGCUUCCACUUCUGCUGGCCCAGGUGGGCUGCAGCGACCCCCAGGAUAUUGGGGCCCCAUCCCUAGCUUUCGUGUUUGACGUCACCGGCUCUAUGUACGAUGACCUCAGACAGGUGAUUGAAGGCGCCAACCGCAUCUUAGAGCGCACCUUGACCCGAAGGACAAAAGCCAUCAGCAGCUAUGUUCUGGUCCCCUUCCAUGAUCCAGAGAUAGGACCCGUCACCAUCACCACAGACCCAGAAAAAUUCAAAAGUGAACUGGAAGAGCUCUACGUCCAGGGUGGGGGUGACUGCCCGGAGAUGAGUGUGGGUGCCAUCAAGAUAGCAUUAGAAGUUUCCCACCCUGGAUCCUUCAUUUACGUUUUUACGGAUGCCCGUGCUAAAGAUUUUAGGAAGAAACAGGAAGUUCUACAGCUGUUGCAGCUCAAGCAGUCUCAGGUUGUCUUUGUGCUUACAGGAGACUGCGGUGACAGGGCUCACCAGGGUUACCGCGUAUAUGAAGAGAUCGCAGCCACCAGUUCAGGUCAGAUAUUUCACCUGGACAAGCAGCAGGUUAACGAGGUGCUCAAGUGGGUUGAGGAAGCUAUUCAGGCCUCGAAGGUCCACCUGCUGUCAACUGAUCAUGAGUCUGGAGGUGAAAGACAAUGGCAGAUUCCAUUCGAUCCAAGCCUUAAAGAGGUUACCAUAUCUCUGAGUGGACCGGAACCUCGCAUCCAAGUCACUGAUCCUGCAGGGAAAGUGUUGUCUGUGGGCCAGGGCCUGGAGGAGCUGCUCAGUAUCCCCAAUUCGGCUCUCGUUUUAGGACUUAAGCCAACUAUGCCUGGAAUAUGGGUCAUCAAGAUUGGCAGCAUUGGACGUCAUACUGUCAGAGUCACCGGGGUAAGCACACUGGAUUUCCGUGCUGCUUUUUCCACAACAGCCAUAACUGACCCUGCACGCGUCAUUGAGCGGCCCAUUCAAGGUAUUCCCAUCUCUGCCUUAAUAAACUGCACUGGUCUCUCUCCGCCCGGGUUAGUGAACAGCCUGGACCUCCUCCGCAUCUCUGGAGAUUCAUACUUCUCUUUGCCGGCUCAGCGCUUACCACAUAAGCGUAGUAAAAAGCUUUGGACAGUUCCUUUGUUUCAAGCACCCCGUGGAAGCUUUUUUUUGAAAGUUAAUGGCACCGACCCUAACGGCCAUCAGUUUCAGAGACUCUCCAAUGUGGCAUAUACAAGCAUAAUACCAGAUGUCCCAUCUGUGUCCAUGCUACCACAUACUCAAGGCUUUCACCAGCAUCCCCUGACAGUAACCUGCUCGAUUCAAAGUGACAUCCCCUUUAGGGUUCGCUUUUCCAAAAAUGGAGAGAGACUAGGAAGUGAACUAUUCUUUACGGAACCUACCAAUGCCACCUACGAAAUCCCAUCUGUUUCUGCCCGCCAUGAAGGUCUUUAUCAGUGCACAGCCAUUAGUAAUGCUGGAGCAGGUUUUGGCCAAACCCAAGUGUCUGUUGCAGAUCCUCCUCCCACAAUCUCACUCCACCAUAAUGUCACGGUUUCACUUGGCGAAGUGGCAGUCCUGUCCUGCCACGUGCUAGGAGAUGUCCGCUACAACCUUACCUGGCAGCACGAUGGCAAGGCGCUGAAAGAGGGUCGGCUGUGGAUCCUGCCUAACUCAUCACUGCAGAUUCACAAUGUUCAGCCUGGAGAUGCCGGGAGGUACCUGUGUACUGCUAGGAACAGUCAUGGCACCACAACAGCCAGUGUCUGGCUUUCAGUACAGAAGCCUCCACAUAUACAGAUUGAGUCCAAUUCCAGGCAACUGUCUCACGGAGGGGAGGUGAGGAUACAGUGUGAUGUAUCAGGGUACCCCAAACCUCAGAUUACCUGGAAGCAUGGCAAUACCUUCCUCACCAAUGACAGCAAACACACAAUCAUUGAUGGUAACAUCCUGCUGAUUAGAGAUGCAAGCCAGGAGGAUUCUGGGAAUUACAGCUGUGUGGCUUCCAAUGGUUUAGGGACAGAUGAGCAGUCAGUAACUCUAAUAUAUACUGAACGUCCUAAAGCCACUGCUGUAAAGCCUUCACUGCAAGUGCCCGUAGGAGAGGACGCCGUUUUAAAAUGUAGCACAGAGGGGCUCCCUAAGCCGCUGGUCAUAUGGUACAAAGGUGACAAGGAAGUAACAGGACUUAUUAGCGGCUCCCAUGGUGGGACUCUGACAUUACAGGAAGUGGCAGAAGAGGAUGCUGGGGAAUACACUUGUUUGGCCUCUAAUGAAGCAGGAUCAUCAUCUGAUAUCAUCCAAGUAGAAGUUGGCAUUCCUCCUCAGUUUGUAGACUUUCCAUCGGACGUAGAAGUGGAUGUUGGAGAAAGUGUAAAGCUCAUCUGCAGUGCUGAAGGCAGCCCCAUGCCGACAGUGUCCUGGUCUCGCCAAGAUGAGGGUCCAGUGGUCCCAUCUGGAACUACAGAGAUCAUAGAUGGCCUUGGGUCAAACACCGUCCACAUGAGAAUUGCAAAGCCAGAGGACACGGGAGUGUAUGUGUGUGAGGCCCGGAAUCCAUUUGGCUGGGUACAAGCCGAAAUCCUCCUAACAGUUACAGGAAUUGUGGCUCCGCAAGUGGGUGAGGCACCAUCGGAAAUAGAUGUCCUUGAAGGAAAUUCUGUGUCACUACCCUGUCCAGUCAUAGCAGGAAACCCCCUGCCAGUACAGCGCUGGGUGAAAGACUCAGGACCACUGCAGUUUAUUUGGCGUCAUUCCAUUGAUGGAGCAGGUGGGCUGCACAUAGAACCAGCCAUGAGAGAGGAUGCUGGGGAGUAUGUGUGUGAGCUGUCCAAUGCUGCUGGAUCUACAAAUCAAAGCAUUCUUCUCAAUGUCCAUGUGAUUCCCUCAAUUGCACUCGGACCUACAGAAUACACCACGCGAGACGGGAGGCCUGUAACAUUACUGUGUAAUGCCAAAGGAUACCCUCAACCUACUGUGACCUGGGCAAAGGGAGAAGAAAUGCUAAUGGUUGAUGGCAGCCAUUAUCAGCUAAACAAAGAUGGCAGCCUUCUGAUUGCACUGCCCUCCAGUGUUGACUCUGGGUAUUACACCUGUACUGCAGCAAACAAGGUGGGAACCACAAGCAAAGUGUCCCAUCUCUUAGUACAUACAAAGCCCAAAAUAAGUGUGAAUGGGUCACAUGACUCAAGCACCCCAAUACCAGUGGUGGCUGCGCUGGGGGCGGAGAUUACAUUGCAAUGUGAUGUCCAAGGGGUGCCUCUGCCCACCGUCUCCUGGAGGAAGGACUCUUUGCCACUGCCCAUUGUCUCUGCCAGACAUCACUUGCUCCCCUCCUGGUCUCUGAAGCUGUCUGAAGUGAGGGUAAUGGACAGCGGAUAUUAUACCUGCAUGGCCUCCAACCUGGCUGGCAACACAUCACUUACAUACAGCCUGGAGGUACAAGUUCCUCCACGUGUUCACCCGGGACCAAAAGUCUUAAAGACCCUUCUAGGACGCUCAGUGGUUCUGCCCUGUGUAGCUCAUGGAGACCCAACACCAGGUCUUAGUUGGUAUAAAGAUGGUGUGGCCUUGAGGGUGGGAGACCAGGAUUCUUUGCAAGGGCCCGAUGGCAGUAUCAGUGUCAUGGAGGUCCAACUCUCUGAUUCCGGGAAUUACCGAUGUGUCGCUGCUAGCAGUGCUGGAGAAGAUUCACUGGAAUUUAGGCUGGAGGUGCUUGAGCCACCAAACUUCAAAGACAACUCUGAUGUUCUCUUGGAACAGACGGCCUAUGAGCCUGUUACCCUGGCAUGCCCUGUGCAAGGUACUCCCACUCCACUGGUGCGUUGGAUAAAAAAUGGCAUAGUUCUUACCGGUAACUUAGCAGGAAUGACCCAGCUAGGCAAUGGCUCCUUAUUGAUUGAAUCACCAUUGCCAAAUCAUACUGGAGACUACAUAUGCUUGGCUACUAAUGAAGCUGGCUCAGCAAGGAGGAAGACUAAGCUGGUGGUAUAUGCACCACCGAGGAUACUCGAGAAUGGACAGGCGCAGAAUAUCUCGCUGAUGGCCAAUCAGCCUUUGAGCCUUGGCUGUGAAGUAAAUGGAGUGCCCUUCCCGGUAGUCACUUGGUUCAAAGAUAACAAAAUAUUGACUGAAGCACCAGGGAUCAGCUUUCAGUCUGCUGGUCAGUCUAUCCGUUUUCACCGGAUACGCAAAGAUGAUUCAGGGUCAUAUACGUGCAGAGCGGUGAACCGUGCUGGAGAAGCCCACCGUACCUACAAUAUCCUAGUAUUUGUGCCCCCAACAAUAUACGGGGCCGGGUCUGUCCAAGAUUUGACGGCACGAGAGGGGACAGAAGUGGUGCUACAGUGCAGAGUGUCUGGGCUGCCCAAACCUCAGGUGGAAUGGACCAAAGAUGGACAGCCUCUGACACCUGGGGAUUCGAGCGUUCAGCUCGUAGAAGAUGGACAGGUACUCCGGCUGAACAGGACAAAGCUCUCACACCAGGGUAGAUACCAAUGCCUAGCGUUUAACCACGCUGGGCAACAAGUCAAAGACUUCAACCUGAAGAUACUCACACCGCCCACUGUCUGGUCGUCCAAUGAGACAACAACGGUGGCCUCUCUGCUGCAUGGCUCAGUGGAACUUAGAUGUGAUGCCAAGGGGUCACCGCCUCCCAGUAUUACAUGGUUUAAGGAUAAACGGCCUAUCGUGUCCAGCUCCAGAGCCUCCUACAGGGACAGUGGAAGGAGCUUGCAGUUGAGCCGGGUGCAGCUCUCUGAUGCUGGCACAUAUACCUGCAGAGCCACGAACCAUGCCGGCACUGUUGAAAAAACGUACCUGCUGGAGAUUUAUGUUUCUCCAGGCAUUGAAGGUGCUGGAGGAAACCCGUUGACCAUUAAAGCCAUUGUAGGUCAUCCUCUUGACCUAGAGUGCUCUGCGACUGGUCAUCCUCCACCGGUUCUCUCCUGGCUUAAAGAUGGGCUCCUGGUAUCAGAGAGAGAUGGGCUGCAGAUAAAGGAUAGUGGCCGGACCCUGCACAUUGCUGCUGUGGCUGAGAGCACCCAGGGUGUCUUUACUUGCGUUGCAAUCAGCUUGGCUGGGGAGACCACCCUGAAGUACUCUGUGGAGGUUCUUGUUCCCCCCAAAGUGCAGAUUGGUGAUGGCACUGAACACAUGACAGUGAUAGUAAAUGACCCGCUGGAUAUUUCCUGCCAUGUAACUGGACACCCAACUCCUAGAGUAUGGUGGCUAAGAAAUGGUCACCCGGUCAGUGAUCAGGAUGGUCUGGAGAUAUUAGAUGGAGGAAGGACUUUAGCCAUAGGUCUCAUACAGUCAGGACAUGCCGGGAGGUACACAUGUAAAGCUGAAGGGGAUGCUGGCUCUGCAGAGGCUACAGUAAAUGUGUUGGUGCAAGAACUGCCUGUGGUCAGCAUUGCGGGCGGCGGAAGCAUGACUGCAAAGUUACAGGAGCCGAUAACCCUGGAAUGUGAUGUCUCUGGAUCACCAUCACCCUCCGUCAGCUGGUGGAAGGAUGGGUUCCAGUUAUCAACCAAUCAGCUUACACUGCAGAUUGAGGCAAUUUCCAUUGAUGAUGAAGGCGUUUACACUUGCGUGGCUGCCAACUCUGCCGGAGAGGGAAGACAAGAUGUUGUGCUGAAUGUGCUUGUACCUCCUAAUAUUGAGCCAACUGAUGUGAACCAUACUGUGGUGGAAAAUCUCCCAGCAUCCUUAGAGUGUCUGGCAUCAGGAAGCCCUCUGCCUGUGGUGUCGUGGUACAGAGAUGAUCAGCUGCUGUCCGCAACGCCUGGCAUCACAUUUCUAAAUCAUGGCAGGAUCCUACAAAUUGAUAGAGUCAGCACCUCUGAUGCCGGAGAGUAUGUCUGUGUUGCAUCUAAUACAGCUGGCAACAUUGAUCUUCACUUCACUCUGGAGGUUCAUGUACCGCCCAGAAUUGUAUCAAUGACAGAACUUGCCACGUUCCUGGUGAAUGAACAAGUUUGGUUGGAGUGCAAUGCCACGGGGGUGCCUGAACCGACACUUAUGUGGUUGAAGGACAAAGUUCCUGUUUCUACGGCCUCCGCUGGCCUCCGGAUUUUGGAGCAGGGGAGAAUCCUCUCCUUGUCUGCAGCCCAUGUAUUGGAUUCUGGAAUCUACACUUGUGUUGCUGUUAAUUCUGCAGGGGAGGACAGUCAUGAUACGGAGCUGCAGGUCUACCUGCCCCCGAGCAUUAUGGGGGAAGAGUUCAAUUCAUCAGUCACCGUGCAUCAGCCAGUCACCUUGGAGUGUCAGAGCAAUGCCUUCCCACCGCCUACAAUCACCUGGCUAAAAGAUGGACGUCCGCUUCCUAAAAGGGCCGGGAUCCGGGUGACAGAGAAUGGCCGCUACCUUCAGAUUGACCAGGCUCAGCUGCGAGACACUGGACGAUACACCUGUGAGGCCUCCAAUGAUGCCGGACGUUCUGAGAAGCAUUAUAAUGUCGUCAUCUGGGUCCCUCCUAGUUUCCCAGGAUCCUCUGAACCUCCCCUGCCAGUCAUCGAAGGGCAGCCAAUUAGCUUUUCUUGUGAAUGUCAGGGCUCUCCACCUCCUCUUCUUACCUGGAUGAAGAAUGGGUCUCCUCUGGAGGGUGAGGAUGUGGCUCUGGUGUCAGCCGGAGGAAGGUUACUACAAAUCAAUAAGGUCCGGGUAUUGGAUGAAGGAAAUUACACCUGUGUGUGCAGCAAUGAGGCUGGCAGCACACAGAGGGACUACUGGCUGGAGGUCUAUGGAGACAGCGCCGUGACUUUGGAAUGUGUGGUCAGUGGCAAGCCUGCUCCCUCGGUGACCUGGCUGAAGGAUGGUUUUCCAUUAGGUGGCGGAAAUGACCUGAUAUUGAAGAACAAGGGGCAACAUCUGAUCAUUUCCCAGGCUCUGCCAUCACACUCUGGCCGAUACGUCUGUGUGGCAGUAAAUGCCGCGGGGCAAACAGAUAUUAAAUAUGAUCUCGUGGUGCAGGUGCCGCCAGAAAUUGCAGGUCCACAGGCCGAGCCACGCAAUGUGUCAGUAGCUUUACAUGGUAGCUUCACUCUGAUCUGUGAGUCUUCCGGAAUACCUCCUCCGACCAACACAUGGUACAGAAACAACAUCCCACUUGCGUCACAGGGGAAUAUCCACGUUCAAUCAGGUGGACGUGUCCUUAAAGUGGUACAUGCAGACAUUGUGGAUGGCGGUGUUUAUGCUUGUUUGGUCACAAAUGCUGCAGGCGAAGCCAGAAAGGAAUUUGCUGUGGACAUCUUGCUUCCUCCCACCAUAGAGGAUGAUGAGAAUGAUAGAGAUUACCAAGUGGCAGAGGGGAAACCUAUUGUUCUUCGCUGCAGAGCUACAGGUCACCCAGCUCCCCAUAUCACCUGGCUGCGAGAUUCCCGGCCAGUACAAAGUGGAGAUGGCAUUCAGAUAUCAAACGAUGGCACAGAACUACACAUUCAAACUGCCAGUGUCUUCUCUGCUGGACAUUACACAUGCCUGGCCACUAAUUCCGUUGCUGAAAGGAGCAAACACUUUGUGUUGACAGUGCUAGUGAGUCCCACCAUUUCUGGCAAUCUUGACGAUGGCACCAGUGAAGACGUUAUAGUCGUUGUUAACAACCCUCUGUCGCUUGUCUGCGAGGCCCUUGGAUUUCCCACUCCCACUGUUACCUGGUUAAAAAAUGGAGAACCUUUUAAAGAUUCAGCCAAUGUGAAGACCAUUCCAGGAGGUCAUGGGCUACAAAUCCUCAAUGCCAGACAAGAAGAUGCUGGACAAUACACCUGUAUAGUGACCAAUGAAAUAGGAGAAGCCAUUAGGAAUUACGAAGUCAAAGUGUUUAUUCCCCCGCAGAUCACAAAGGAUGUCUCUGGAGAUAAUAUCGGUGUGACAGAAGUGAAGACCAGAGUCAACAGCAGCCUAACCCUCCAAUGCGAAUCUUGGGCGGUGCCAAAGCCAAGUCUUCACUGGUAUAAGGAUGGACAGCUUCUAGAAAGUUCUGGCUCAAUGCAGAUCAUUGGAGAUGGGCACGUACUGCAGAUCCAGCCUAUCCGAGUGACCGACUCAGGGCGCUAUACCUGCGUGGCCACUAAUGUUGCUGGCGAGGAUGAAAGAGAAUUCCAUGUGAAUGUUCAAGUCCCCCCGAUAUUCCACAAGCCGGGGAGCCCCAGUGCUGCUUUAGAGUUGAUGUAUCGAGAAGAUGAAGAAGACGAGGUGACCGAACACAGGGAGGUUGUUGCCUCGAAUCCAAUCUCCUUAUACUGUGACACCAAUGCUAUCCCGCCACCCACCCUGACCUGGUACAAGGAUGGACAGCCCAUCACCCCUUCUGAUGGAUUUCUGGUGCUCCUGGAGGGUCGUGUCUUACAGAUACCCAUGUCCCGGGUAGAGCAUGCUGGGAAAUACACUUGUGAGGCAUCUAAUGAAGCAGGAGAGGACAGACUACAUUACGACCUGGUUGUUCUCACUCCUCCUGUCAUUCUUGGAGAAGUGGAUGGAUUAAUACAAGAGGUGUCUGUUAUAUACAAUGAAACUGCAGAACUUGUGUGUGAGGCAACAGGUUUUCCUCCACCAACAGUCACCUGGCUGAGAAACGGGCUGAUUCUGUCUACCGGUGACCAGUACGAGAUCCUAGAUGAGGGGAAACGACUGCAGAUUCACUCAGUUGAGGUCUCUGAUAUAGACAGCUAUGUAUGCGUUGCAGAGAAUCCAGCUGGCUUUACGGAGAGACUCUUCACUUUAAUGGUUCAUGUUCUACCCAGAAUAUUUGGUGCAAAGAGUGAGAACGUCAGCGCUAUCCUCCACACCUCCAUCUCCAUUGUGUGCGAUGUUCAGUCUCACCCCACCCCUGAGAUAACCUGGUACAAAGAUGGACAAGUCCUGCAUCCCGGAAGAGGAUACCUUAUCAUGCCAGGUGGGCAAGUGCUACAGAUUGCUCGAGUUCAGCUCUCCAACCAAGGAAUAUAUAUGUGCAGAGCUCAGAAUCCAGCUGGAGCAGAUGACAAGCACAUUCAUCUCACCGUCCAUGCUCCACCCAGUAUCAGAGAACCACCCAAUGGAGCCAAAGAAACAGUUCUCCGUGUUGGCAGAACCCUUACAUUGCUGUGCGAGUCUGAGGCUCUCUCCCAGCCGGCUGUCACUUGGUAUAAGAAUGGGCAAGUGCUCCCAAGUGGUGGCAAUGUGUUUACCUUCAACAGUGGCCAGAGACUGGAAAUACAGAAUGUCCAGGCAUCAGAUAAAGGUGUCUACACCUGCAGGAUGAGCAAUGUAGCCGGUGAGGCUGAGCUGACCUACACAGUGAUCAUUCAGGUGCCUGCUUCUAUCAUUCACCCACAGAAUGAGACCAUGCAGCUUACUGUUGGAAAUUCCAUAGUCUUAUCAUGUGAAGCAGAAGGCUCUCCCCCACCCAAGAUCACAUGGCUGAAGGAUGGGCAACCAUUGGAGCAUGUUGGAGAUUGGGGAGUGAUCAUCAGAGGCAGUCGACUGCAGAUUGGCAGAGUACAGCCCUCACAUGCGGGCCACUACAGCUGUGUAGUGCAGAACCACUUAUCUCAGGCUCACAAGGACUUCCUGCUGUUGAUACAAGUGGCUCCGAGAAUCAUUGGAUCUGAAAUGCCAAGUGAGCGAAGCAUUCACGUGAAACAGGAGGUGACAUUAGAAUGUAAAGCAGAGGGAACACCCUCACCCCAGAUUGUGUGGCUGAAGGAUGGAAGACCCCUGGAUCUUGUCUCAGCUCCACACAUGCGGCUGUCCCAAGAUGGAAGCUCUGUGCAUCUUACAUCAGUGCAACCUUCCGACUCUGGCCGCUACACAUGCCUGGCUCGUAAUAUCGCUGGUGAAGACACUAAGGUUUAUGUACUGAACAUUCUUGCUCCCCCAGUUUUUGAAUCGGGCUCCAAUGUUUCUGAGACCCUCAGCAGUGUCCCAGGGUCACAGGUUACAUUGGAAUGCCAUGCCAGUGGCUCCUUGCCAAUGCAGCUGGUGUGGAUGAAGGAUGGGAACCAGCUUUCCACAUCCCGAUUCCUCAGGAUCUCCUCUGGAGGGCGAAUCCUACGGAUAUCUCAUGUACAAGUAACAGAUGCCGGCGUUUACACCUGUGUAGCAUCGAGUCCUGCUGGAAGUGCAGAGAAAAGUUUCACCCUGCUGGUUGAGACUUUACCCGUGGAAAAUUCUGAGAGCACAGAGGAAGUGACCGCCAUCAAAGGCUCCUCGGUGACAUUCACCUGUGAAGCUCAUGGGUCUCCACUGCCCUCGCUUUCCUGGGAGAAAGAUGGUGAACCUCUCAACUUACAGAGUAACCUUCUGCACAAUGGUCUGGGGACCCGGCUAUAUCUUGAGUCUGUUCACGUUGGAGAUUCCGGUCUUUACUCUUGCAUCGCUCACAAUGCUGCCAGGAGAGUCAGCAAACACUUCCGCCUGAUUGUUUUAGAACCACCAAGAAUUGAGGGACCUGCCAUCUCCACUGAGGUCUCAGUUGCUGUGGAUGAGUUGCUGGAGUUGGUGUGCAAUGCAGCAGGUAUACCUCCCCCUCAAGUCACAUGGGAGAAGGAUGGACAACCUUUAUCAAGUCCGGAUAUACUUACAAGGAAUGGCACUGUUCUCAGGAUAGAAAGGUUGAAGGCUGAAGAUGCGGGAAUCUACGUGUGUCUGGCAAGCAGUCCAGCGGGAAGAGACUCCAGGGCCACCUGGGUGCGGAUGAAAGUUCCUCCCAGUGUGAUUGGAUCUAGUGAACCUCGUUCAGUAUCUGUCUCCAUUGGAGGACAGAUGGUUCUAGAAUGCAGAGUGGAAGGAGAUCCAGCUCCAACUAUUCAGUGGUUCAGAGAAGAAACACACCUCCAGACGGACAGGAGAAUCCAAGUUUUGUCCAAAGGCCGAUACAUGCAGAUCCACAGCCUGCAGGCAUCAGAUAGUGGGGAAUACACCUGCAUAGCCACCAAUCCAAUUGGCCAAACCAGCCUGACAUUUAUUGUAGAGAUACAAAUUGCACCUUCAAUUAUGCCUGGACCAUCAGUAGUCAGUGCACCUGUUAAUGAAACUGCGGUUUUGCCUUGUUGGGCGGAAGGACUUCCAAAACCGACCACAACAUGGAGAAAAGAUGGCACUCAGCUCUCCGUGGAAAUGUCCAGGCUAGAGUUCCUCGACGAUGGAUCACUACGCAUCCCACAAGUGCUCCUGCAGGACUCUGGGUACUACCUCUGUACAGUCACAAACUCAGCAGGAAUGGCUCGACGUGGCGUGGAGCUAAGGGCUUUUGUUAACGGUGGCUUCUCAGAGUGGCAGGACUGGGGUCCGUGUACCAGAACAUGUGGCCAGGGAGUGCAGGAGAGGAUCCGGUUAUGUAAUAACCCCCCUCCUGCAAACGGGGGAAGACCAUGCAUGGGCAGGGACGUGGAUGUGAGGGCAUGCAGCUUAUUACCCUGCCCAGUGGAUGGAGGAUGGACAGGCUGGAGCAGCUGGUCACAGUGUUCAGCAACCUGUGGUGAAGGGAGCCGCCAACGCACUCGUUCCUGUUUCUCUCCUCCUCCACAAAAUGGCGGCAGAGCCUGUGUUGGGAAGGAUACAGAGACAGAGUUGUGUCAGCUACCUCAGUGUCGAGCUGUUGCCACCCGUGUACGUGCCAGCCUGAUUGGCAUUAUCAAUGAUCAGGAUUUUGGACUGUCUUCACUCAGUGCCAAUAUGACGGAAAACAGCCAUUCCGGAACGACCAUGAUCACCAGCACCAUUGAAAACAUCCCCCCUUCUAUAGGUCCAUUGAUGAGAGUGCUGGUGUCUAUGAUUGCCCCCCUUUACUGGUCUGGAGCGUUCCCCCACGAUGGCACUGCCAAUGGUUUCUCCCUGACUAAAGGUGUCUUCCGCAAGGAGUCUCAGGUGGAGUUUGCAACAGGUGAGCAUCUGCGUAUCACACAUAUCGCUCGAGGUCUGGAUGCUGACGGUACCCUUUGGUUUGACAUUGUGAUUAAUGGAUUUGUACCAGACACAUUGGCGUCUUCUGAUGUUGUUGUCCAGGAGUUCAGUGAGACGUACGUACAGACUGGAGGCGGACAGAUUAAUGCUUGGUCCUCACCAACUUUCACCAAUGGUGCAACCUACCUAACACUGCGCUGUAACCACACAGUGGAGUACAACCCUACGCUGGGGCGUCAACCCAAACCCGCCCAACGAGUGCACAUUAGUGCCAUCCGAUCGUCAUACAUUCCUGAAUCAGAGGAGCUUCACUUCCAGCUGAUGGCCUCUCUCCAAGCAGGCUUGAAUGGAGGAGCGUGUCCCCAGGGCUUCAUGCAGUCUGCAGACUACUGUGCAGAUGUGGACGAGUGUGAGAUCCGCAGACCGUGUUCCCACGUAUGUCACAAUGUCUUGGGCAGUUAUUCCUGUUCCUGCCCAGCAGGGUAUGGCUUGGCAAUGGAUAACCGCAACUGCAGAGACCUAGAUGAAUGUAAAAUGGGCACCCACCAGUGUCCAUCAGGACAAGAAUGUAUCAACAUGCCUGGAACAUACCGAUGCCUUCUGCGUUGCGGACCCGGCUUCCGACCCACCGCCGAGGGAACAGCCUGCGAGGAUAUUGACGAGUGUCAGGACGGCUCCCACAUGUGUCGUUAUAACCAGCUGUGUGAGAACACAGUGGGCGGGUACCGUUGUACAUGCCCGCGGGGAUACCGGUCUCAAGGUGUUGGGAGACCAUGCUUGGAUAUUAAUGAGUGCCAACAGGUGCCUAGACCAUGUGCCUAUCAGUGCCAGAAUCUGGCUGGCAGUUACAAAUGCCUGUGUCCACCUGGGAAGCAACUUUUGGGAGAUGGGCGCUCAUGUGCAGGACUGGAGAGACUCGGGAGUAAUUCAACCUUUGGCACCACCAGCGCCCAGUUCCAGCCGCCACUUACUAAUGGCCGCAUUCAUGGAAACAACGUGUACACUUGGCUGUCCUUCAGUCAAAAUGGCAACAUGAUUGGUCAAAACAGUCCUGGCCGCUGUCAUCCAGGCUUUGUGCGUAGACAUGGGGUGUGCACAGACAUAGAUGAGUGCCAACAGCGCAGCCCCUGCCAACAUGAAUGCAGGAACACAGAGGGCAGCUUUCAGUGUCUUUGUCCAGCAGGCUACCGGCUGCUCCCCAACAACAGAAACUGCCAAGAUAUAGAUGAAUGUGCAGAGCAGAGAAUUUCCUGCGGACCCAGCCAGAUGUGUUUCAACACCAGAGGAGGCUUUCAGUGUCUGGACACCCCUUGUCCUGCCUCUUAUGUAAAGGGACCCAGCCCAGGGACCUGCUAUCGGCGAUGUCUAACAGACUGCAGCUCUGGAGGUCCAUACACCUUGCAGUACAAGCUCUUGACAUUGCCGUUUGGGAUACACCCCAAUCAUGAUGUCAUUCGCCUUAGCGCCUUCUCCGAAGGGGGACUUCUUCAAAACCGAACCAGCUUCACAGCCUUGGAGCAAGACUCGGGCAGCCCGUUUGCCAUCCGUGAUGAAGGGGGUCACGGCAUCAUCUAUACAUUGCGGUCACUGGACACCUCAGGAGUAUACAGGAUAAAAGUCCAGGCGGUGACUCAUACUGAACAGCAAGGGGUACGAUACCAGAGCGUCUUCAUUAUCUACAUCUCUGUGUCACCAUAUCCUUACUAAGACUGAAACCUCGG